GGAGAAGCACAGGCAGAACUGAAUGUGCCGCUAAUUUUUCGAUGAUUAACGGUAGAAUCUAAAAAGUGCCGCAAAAGUUAGGAGGAUUAGCGGCAGUUUUUAAUCUGCCUUUGUUGUAUGGAUGGACGGGUCAAGUCUGUUGAGAAAAGUCAACAGCCUUACCCAUUCUCUCACCUCACCGCACGAACGUUCGCUACCUGCCUUCACACUCCUCGCUCCCGUCCCCCCUCGCGCCGCCGACGCCGACGCCGCCAUGCCGGUGGACGUCGAGAUGAACGACUCCGCAGCUCCCGCGCCCGCCGUUAUCCCUGCGAUCGCCGACGUCCCCGCGCCUGCGCCCGCUCUCUCUACCUUGCAACAUCUGAAGGAGAUCGCGUCGGUGAUUGAGGCCGGGUCGCUGACCAAGGAGGUGCGCCGGAUCUCCCGCGCCGUCCGCCUCACCGUCGCCCUCCGCCGCCGCCUCGCCCCCCGCGGCGUCGCGGCCUUCCUCGCCUUCGCGCUGCCCUCUUACUCCGAUGGCUUCGCCCACCUCUCCCCGCUCCUGCCCAAGGAAGAUGGAAGUGAGAUGGAUGUUGAUACUGCGGCUCCAGUAGCUCAAGUUUCAAUCAAGCAUGGUCUCCCAGAUAUUGAAAAAUACUGCUACUUGCUUGUGUUGAUUUUCCUUAUUGAUCACAAGAAGUACGAUGAGGCUAAAGCAUGUGCCAACGCUAGCAUUGCUCGUAUGAAGAAUCUAAAUAGGAGGACUGUUGAUGUUUUGGCUUCUAGGCUAUACUCGUAUUACUCAUAUGCACAUGAACUCACCAACAGCCUUGCUGAAAUUCGUGGCAUGGCAACUUUGCACCGUGAUGAGCUUGGCCAGGAAACACUUCUUAACCUGCUUCUUCGCAAUUACCUGCACUACAACUUGUCCGACCAGGCAGAAAAACUUAGGUUAAAGGCACCAUGUUUUGAAGCACAUUCCAAUCAGCAGUUCUGCCGGUAUCUGGUCUACUUGGGCAAAAUUAGAACAAUUCGGCUGGAAUACACUGAUGCUAAAGAUAGCCUCUUGCAAGCUGCACGCAAAGCACCCACUGCCGUGGAUUCCGCAUUCAGUGCAACAAAUGGGCUAUAAAUAUAUCUUUCAUCAUAUAUUUACUCUUUCUCUAAAAAAAUUUCACUUGCUGGUCUUGUAUUACUAGUUCUUUCACGUGCACUCAUUAUAUUAAGAAUAGCAAAGCACCCACUGCCGUGGAUUCCGCAUUCAGUGCAACAAAUGGGCUAUAAAUAUAUCUUUCAUCAUAUAUUUACUCUUUCUCUAAAAUUUCUUUCACUUGCUGGUCUUGUAUUGCUAGUUCUUUCACUUGCACUCAUUAUAUUAAGAAUAGAAAAUUGGCUCAAACACAAAUCUUUAGCUCCAACUACUAAUUAGUUAUAAGUUUUUUUUGUACAAGAUUUAAAUAUUGAAAAAUUGUCGCAUGAUACUUCCUGAGGUAUGUUUUUGUUGCUUCCUGUAACUGACUCUCCUUUUUUAUCUUCAGGUUUGUACUUUUAAAAUGAACUUUACUGACGAGGUUUGGAAGAUUGUCUCCAGACCGAAUAAAAUCAGUCCUGCUGAUGUGAGUGUCUUCCCUCGAUCAGGCUGUUAAAUAUUAUUGAAAUCUGCACUCUUACUACUGCAACAUAAGAAAUCUCAUUAUGCUCGAUUUAAUGGUCAUGGCAACAAUUCCUUGUUAAUUUGGUAUAUGUAAAGUGAGUUAUCUGAAUUUGUGAACAAUCUCUCUGCUGUUUGCUAAGAAAUUUAACUGUAGCUUUACGGGCUUGGCUAGUCGAUUCUAUGUAGUUCCCUUGUGUUUGAGAUUUUGGAAUGUAGACAGAGGCACGCUGAUGAUAGCUGAGUCCGCACGCUGAUGAAAUUAUAUCUCGUAUUGGUGAUAAUGUUUUUUCUUUCUUUUAUCCGCAAGUUCUGUUUGUUCUGGGUGGCAGGGGAGGGUGGGGAUGACGCUCUCCAAGUGCUGGAUCUGAAGGCUGGAGGUUGAGCUAAAUGCCCCAGUAUUAUUAUUUUGUGGAUCGGCUCCACCAACGCCUCACCAAGGCGAAGAUAUUCCAGGAGUACACAAUUCCUUGAUUAUUGGCAGUAGUGCUCCAAAUUUUUAUAUGCGGUACUUUAUACGAAUAAGAUUGUAUAGGGAUCUGUCGAUGUCGAACUAUUCUUAGAGGCUGCACUUGGUUUAUAUUAUGGAAAAGUAAACAAACCUGACAUGCUAAAGGUGAUCAUUGUAUUGCUUACUGCUUAGGGACAUGUUACAGUUACACAAUCAAACAUGAAUUGGAUUUAUUGUGUUCUCAGCUACUCAACUUACCUCUAAUUCGGAACAUACAUUCUGUAGGCUCUUUUACUUCUUGCACACUCCAUUGAGGCAGAUCCAAGCACAGUUAUUCUGUGGGUGUUUUAUCUUCAUAUUUACUAUCAAAAGGAUGAAGGACUUGGAACAUUUUCAGUGAACUGCAGGAGGGUGGGUGGAGGGCGGAGGGCACGCUCACCGGUGCUCUGGCAUCAUGCUCGACGAGGAAGAGGGCUUGGCGUCGGGGAUGUGAACCUGGCUGUGGCGUCGGAUGCAUGGCGCAGCUGGCGCAACUUCCUCUGGCCGCACGACGAGGCAUCUGGCCGCGCAGCGAGGCAGGGCCCAAACUCCAUGACAACUUUCUUCCUCGGCGGCAGAUGAACCCUGUUGUUCAUGAUGAGGAGAUCAACCCUGUUGUGUAUUUUAUCUAAUGGUUUCAAACCAUGUUGUUCAUGAUGUGGAGAUGAACCCUGUUGGUCAUGUAAGUUAGAUGCCUGGAUUGUGAAUCCUUGAAUGUUUCAAAAUGUUGGUUUCAAACCUAGAUUGCUUGGAAAUAUUGGUUUUAAACAUUGCUUGA